GUGUUUCUGCAUAUUUUCGGAGGUCUCGGAAUCACCGCUGGUGCUCAUCGACUUUGGUCUCAUCGAUCGUACAAAGCCAAAUUACCCGUACGAAUUCUGCUUAUGAUUAUGAACUGCUCCGCUCUCCAGAACGAUAUCAUCGAAUGGGCUCGUGAUCACCGUUGCCAUCAUAAAUGGACCGAUACGCAUGCGGAUCCCCAUAACACUAAUCGUGGCUUCUUCUUCGCCCAUAUGGGAUGGCUACUUGUUAGAAAACACCCUCAGAUCAAGGAGCAAGGAAAGAAACUUGACCUGUCUGACCUCUAUGCCGAUCCAGUAUGUACGUUCCAGAGAAGGUACUACCUGCCAUUGGUGUUGGUGUUCUGCUUCCUGCUACCGUCAGCAAUUCCUGUGAAGUUCUGGGGAGAAUCUGCUUUCGUCGCGUUCUAUACUGCUGGACUUCUACGCUACACCCUGCUGCUCCACGCAACAUGGCUGAUCAACAGUGCUGCCCAUAAAUUCGGUUUCAAACCGUACGACACGAAAAUCUCACCUGUGGAAUCGGUCUGGACUACCGUCUCAGCGAUCGGAGAGGGCGGCCACAAUUUCCAUCAUACCUUCCCGCAGGAUUACCGUACUUCGGAAUACUCGCUGAAGCUGAACUGGACCAGGAUCUUCAUUGACACCUGUGCUGCUCUCGGUCUGGUGUAUGAUAGGAAAUCGUUUUCUGAGGACGUCAUCAAACGGCAAUGCGAAAAGUACGGCGACCCGGAACUUCGGGGAAAAGUAAUGUUAUGA